CAAGAAAUGUGUAGCAUCAUAUCAUAGCUACAAACAAGACAAAUAGACCAUAGAAGCCUAUCAUACAGCUACCUGCACAUUCACAUUUUUCAGACCAAAAACUAGAAGCUUAAGCCUCUUGCAUAUAUACAUUUGGCUAUUUUUGAAAAAGCUGUUUUCACCCUGAGAAAAAGAAGAUUUUCUGGAUUCGCCGAGGGUUUAUUGGAAAUAGUCUAUCUACCUCCCAGGUAGGGGCAUGUCUGUUGAAAGGGUUGACCAAUUGGAUUACAUGGCGGACGACAGAGAGGUGACUGAUUCAGCUGAUGAAUUUGAGGGCGAACUCUAUAAUGAGGAGACAAAUCUUGAUGACUAUGAUAUGCCAACAAAAGUGACUGAUACAUCGGCUGCACAAGCAAGAAAAGGGAAGGAUAUACAAGGUAUCCCAUGGGAGAGGUUGAAUGUAACCAGGCAAAGUUACAGAUUGACAAGGCUCGAACAGUAUAGAAAUUAUGAGAACAUUCCUUUGUCGGGGGAAGCUGUCGAUAAGGAAUGCGAACAAGUGGAGAAGGGUGCCACCUACUACGAAUUCUUUUAUAAUGCAAGAUCCGUUAAGCCUACAAUACUACAUUUUCAGCUAAGGAACUUGGUGUGGGCAACUUCAAAGCAUGACGUGUAUAUGAUUUCGAACUAUUCACUUAUGCAUUGGUCAUCCAUUUCUCGUAACCUCUCAGAAGUUAUCAACUUCUCUGGACACAUAGCACCGACGGAGAAACACGCAGGAAGUUUGUUAGAGGGUCUGACACAGACCCAAAUCAGCACGAUGGCAGUGAAGAACCGUUUUGUGGUUGCUGGUGGCUUCCAUGGAGAACUCAUUUGUAAGAAUUUGGACAAGCCGGGAGUCAGCUUCUGUGCAAGGACCACUUAUGAGGAUAAUGCUAUCACAAAUGCCAUUGAGAUAUAUGAAAGCGUCAGUGGUGGGCCUCGUUUUAUGGCAUCCAACAACGACUGUGGUGUGAGAGAGUACGACAUGGAAAAGUUUCAGCAAAUGAACCAUUUCCGCUUCCCUUGGCCAGUGAAUCACACCUCGAUGAGCCCAGAUAGCAAGCUUUUUACUGUUGUUGGGGAUGAUCUAGAUGGUUUACUUGUUGAUUCCCGCAAUGGAAAGACGGUGGCCUCAAUUGCGGGUCAUUUAGACUACUCUUUCGCUUCUGCAUGGCACCCAGAUGGCCGUACCUUUGCCACUGGGAAUCAAGAUAAGACCUGUCGGAUUUGGGACUUGAGAAACCUGUCCUCGUCUAUAGCCAUUUUGAAGGGAAACAUGGGUGCUGCACGAUCUAUCCGUUUCUCAUCUGAUGGACGGUUCCUGGUAGUGGCUGAACCUGCAGAUUUUGUCCACAUUUAUAGUACCGAGUCAGAUUACAAGAAACGUCAGGAAAUUGAUAUUUUCGGCGAAAUAUCGGGGGUAUCUCUGAGUCCGGAUGAUGAGUCUCUUUACAUUGGAAUCUGGGAUCGAACAUAUGCAAGCUUGCUAGAAUACCACCGAAGGCGUUCUUGUAGAUAUCUCGAUGUGUUCACAUAAUACUUCAACGAUUUAGGAAAAAAUGGGUUCUGCAGUUUAUUCACAUGAAGCCCAAAUAUUUUGCGCAAAUUCGUUCGAUUAGUUCAAGGCAUAUGGUACCAGUUUUUGAUCAUGGCAUACUAUGUACAGUUUCUUGAGAGUAAGCUUUGUUUCUGCUUAUAUACAACCUCUGAUGUGCCAUUUUGCUUGUGUUGUACUUUUACUUGGGUUAAAAGAGAAAAAAGAACAUAUUGCUGUAAUUGGUACAGGAAAACUAAAGUUAGUGAUAAGGAAAAAGAUGUCACAAAACAUGUAAUGUUU